CGGUCUAUGCACACAUUUUUCAAUUUGUAUUAGGACAAGAUACCAGGACAUGUGAAAAAACGACCAGGUCGAAUAAUGGUGAUGUACUGGAUGGUAUACGAAUGAAACAAACUCUUUGACCAGCAUACCUCGUGUCCGACAACGAAGAACUAGGUGUUGAAAGAGUGUAGAAAAACAGUGAAGAUAUAAUUGCAGUGAAAAUUGGGACUCCUUUGUAUGAUGUAAAGGAAGGUUAAAAGUGAGUUAAGGAUAUUUCAUAUCGGCUGACCUCUGAUGAUGGCGCGCCUUGGGGUUCCAAAAGACGCCAGAAACAUCACGAUAUUUACGUUGAUGUCAGGUUACAGGCUUAUCUUCAUUAUUAGUCUGUUAAGCAAUCAAAUAGUGUCCGUGAAAUCGAAAAGUCCAAGAACUCAAAAAAGAUUUACGCCAGACGAUGUUUGUACGGAAACAUUUAAAACUAUUACUUCUGUAAAUGGAUGCCCAACAGAUGAGGAGAAUAUCAAAAAAAGGUCAAGUGAAUUUAACUGCAAAGAUGUUCGUGAUUCUUGUACCAGUGAAGAUUUCGUGUAUCAUUGCGUACAUUCUGGCAGAAGAAUCCUGGAAGUUUGUUCCCCAAGACGUUAUGUCACUGGCAAAUACUGUGUCCAGUUCGACAACAAAAUAGGACGAGUAAUAGAAGAUUUUAAUGUUCCUUGUCCAGAGUGUCCGUUCCAGCAUUACUCAAACGAAUCCAUUACCUAUGCGACAUGUUUGAAAAAAAUACAGUCAUUGACUGUUGUUCAAAGCACUGUGAUGUCAACCGAUGUAUCCACAACAAGCUUUAUAGCUUCAACGUCAACACCGAGCACAACAAAAUUGAUCAAUAACAAUUGCACGUUCUCUAAAAGACCGUCCUCUAAAAGACGUAGAAAAAGACGCGCCGAUUGCAAUCAGUGUUGUCAAAAUGUACCAACUAUCACAGAAGAAUCUAUCGAAUAUAUGAAUUCAAAUAAGUCCAUUGUGAACGGAGAUAAUGAGGAGAGUUCCUGGGAUCAUAAGUUUGGCAUUUCAGUUGUUGCCGUAUUUUUUGUUGUUGGGAUUUGUUUAGCCAUCCUGUAUUUAACUAUCUUAAAAGUAUUUCUUAAAACUGCAAAGACAUCAAUGACAAACUUUGAUAAAUGGACAUGUCCUGAAAAGAAAAGGAAUUGUCAAAGCUUCAGUGGUGUGGACAGAUGUGUAAUGGUCAUUUCUAACAUUCAACAGACUGGAUGA